AUGGUCGCCGCUCCAGGCGCGCAACGUGCCGACCGACGAGUCAUCAUCCGUGCCGGAGCCGGAGAUAGCCCAGUCGAGGACGGAAUCCGUGUUUGUGGUCGCGUUCGGGAUGAAGCGCUUGGAGACUUGGGCUUCGUCUUGGGAACAACGGAGACCUUGCGGUUACUUGUGCGACCAGAGCCUGAUUUGCGACGCGAUUCGGGUGGCGUCGUGGAUGCGGGUAAAUCUGGGGAAGUGGAAGCGAUAGUCGGAGAAAGCUGCAACGGAGGAACGUUCGCCAAGACUAGGCCAUAA